UGAUGAGGCGAAAGAGGAGGAGAAAUAUUUUCCGAACAAUUUUCAAAGAGGAAGAGGCCGAGGCCGAGGAUCAUAUAAAGCUACAAGGCCUUACGUUGAGUAUCAUUAUUGUCAUAAACUGGGACACAUAAUCAAUGAUUGUUGGGAAAAAUAUCCAAAAAAAAGGCAAGAAGUUGGUUAUUUGCAUGAAAAUAAAGUCGAAAAUAUGGAGACUUUAUUGAUUGCAUGCAACGCUAGCUUUGAAAAUACUUGGUAUUUGGAUAGUGGUGCGAGCAAGCACACGGCGGGGAAUAAAAAACUAUUAUCAAAUCUUGUUGAAGCUAGCCAUGGGACAGUUACGCUUAAAGAUGGAUACACCUACGCAUUAGAAGGUGUUGGAGAAAUUGUCUUCAAAACAAAAUCCGGAAAAGUCGAAACAAUGUCCGAGGUUUACUAUGUACCUAACUUGACAAGUAAUUUGCUAAGUGUUGGUCACUUGAUGAGGAAAGGUUUCAACAUGUUUUUCGACAACUUCACUUGCAUUUUGAAAAAGAAGGAUCAACACAUUGCAAAUAUCGGUAUGAACGGAAAUAAUAUUUUUCCGAUCAAACCUGAUAAUUUUGAAGCCUUUUGCCAUUUAACUGUGAAGGACGAUGUUUCAAAGUUUGUGGCAUCACCGGUUCGGGCGUCUUAAUUUCCAAAGUUUGAAGGAGUUAUCAAACAAGGAAAUUGUUCAAGGAUUGCCGAAUAUUAAAGCUAUGGACGAAAUUUGUGAAGAAUGCCAAUUGGGGAAGUUGUUAGAGUAGGUGACCGAAGAGCCAACUAAUUGUUGUGUU